AUGAUAGCUUUUAGAGGAAAGAAAUUAGUUGCACUGGCCCUUACAGAUAAUGGGGAGUCCUCAGAAGUACAUGAUGCACGAAGGGAGAUCUAUGAUGAAAUGUCGCAACCACCAACCUCAUCUACAAUGGAGCAUUGUGAGAUCUCGCUACACCCCUGGCCAUCAUCUCAAUCUGCAGCCGGCUUUCAGCAAUCAGUCUCAUCUGCAGUUAACCAGGAUGGGAUUCUCCAACAUCCUCAGCCAUCAACUUCAUCUACAUUGACGCACAUUCCACAAAAUGAUCCUUUGUCUUCUGUCGCAUCACGUCAUGCAUAUUAUUCAUCAUCGUCAGAAUCAGAGCCUUUCCAGGAUUCAGGAGAAUCCUACGUCCCUUCCGAAGACGAGCAAGAUAGUCUAUCAGAGGAUGAACAAUCUACUUGA